AACAUAGACGAGGCAGGAACAAUGGUGUGAAAAGCGUCCUCCCCGCCCCGGUCUUUUUCCGCAGGCGGAACGCAGAUGCUGGGGCCUUCAGGCGCUGAGGGGACCAGAGAGGGACGGACACACGGCUCGUCAGUUGCCUGGUAACGCCCGCUGGAGGAGUCCCAGUGUAAUAAGGUCCCGGAGAAGUGUCACUGGCCCUGAGUGGGACCCGGUAGCCCGUUCGCUCCGCGCCGGCGGCCUGUCCCCGCGGCUUGGCGGGCUAGGGCAGGGGAAAUGUUGCAGGAGGAGUCGGACCUCUCUCUCAUUAUUGCCCAGAUAGUCCAAAAGCUCAAGGGCUCCAAUUUGUACUCUCAGCUGGAACGGCAGGCCUGGGCCAGUCUUCAGAGACCUGAGAUUAAACUUGAAUCACUGAAAGAAGAUAUUAAGGAAUUCUUUAAAAUAUCAGGUUGGGAGAAGAAACUUCAGAAUGCUGUUUAUAGUGAACUGAGUGUGUUUCCUUUACCUAGUCAUCCUGCUGCACCUCCUGAACAUCUUAAAGAACCUUUGGUAUACAUGAGGAAAGCACAGGGAAGUUGGGAAAAAAGAAUUUUGAAGAGUUUAAAUAGUAUGUGCACUGAACUGAGUAUCCCACUGGCACGAAAGAGGCCAGUUGGAGAACAGAAAGAACUUCUUAAUAAAUGGAAUGAAAUGGGAACUGAUGAACCAGAUUUAAGCCUUUUCAGACCUGUUUAUGCACCUAAGGAUUUUCUUGAGGUAUUAAUUAAUCUUCGCAACCCAAAUUAUGAAAACGGUGAUUCUCUUAGUUUCAGGACUCAUUUGGGUUUAAUUCAAGUUCCUCUGAAAGUAAAAGACAUCCCUGAAUUGAAAGAAUGCUUUGUGGAACUUGGCUUAAAUAUAGGACAACUGGGUAUAGAUGAUUCUACACAAGUGCCUCCUGAACUUUUUGAAAAUGAGCAUGUACGUAUUGGGCAAAAAGUUCUAGCAGAACAAGAUAGUGCUGCUGCUCAACAGUACAUCAGACAAGGAAGUCCCACGGCACUGAGAGCUGAAUUGUGGGCUCUCAUUUUGAAUAUUUCCAGCCAACCUGAGGAUGUCUUGUAUUAUGAGCAGCUUAAGACCAAUGUGAUACAACAUGACCUUUUGGUGGACAGUCUAAUCUAUAAAGAUGUGAAGUUGACAGCAAGCAAUGAUGAUUAUUAUUUUGUAUUUGAAGAUUAUUUAUAUCAGGUGUUACUUUGUUUUUCCCGGGAUACAUCUGUGUUGAGUCACUUUGCAUACAACAGUGCCUCGCCACCAAAAUCAUACAUAAGAGGAAAACUAGGACUGGAAGAAUAUGCUGUCUUUUACCCACCAAAUGGUGUUAUCCCUUUUCAUGGAUUUUCAAUGUAUGUUGCACCACUUUGUUUUCUAUACCAUGAACCUUCCAAAUUGUAUCAGAUAUUCCGUGAGAUGUAUGUGCGUUUUUUCUUCAGACUUCAUUCCAUCUCUUCUCAUCCUUCUUUAUGCUUUUUUUCCCCCUUUGGACCUGCUGUGGGUAACAUGACUGCUACUCCAGGUGAAACAUUCAAUUGGAAUAUAUGUCAGGGCUACUAAAUUUCCCCAAAGAGGCAACUGUAUUAUUGCUAUUAAAUUAAAUAGCUGUUCUUUAUCCCCCCAUUCUAAGGCUAUGUAUUCCUAUUUCACCUUCCCCCAUCUCCAGUUUUGCUCUCAUACAUUGCUAGUGAAAGUUGGCAAAUCACAGAAUUCCAGGAUGUCACAGAUAAACAAAUGAAGCAACACCAGUUAUCUUGGGUUUCUUAUCUCUAAGAGAACUUGAUUUUGUUCUUAUCUUACCUUAAUAUUUAAUCUGGAAUAAUCAGAAAUAUGACCAAUAAUUAAGAUCAGUAAUUCUUUUCUAAUACUCAUUCUAAGUAUCAUAUUUUUACUCUCAUAUUCUAUGCCAUUUUAUGCUUCAGAGUUUAAAAAAAACUGGCUGCAUAGUACAUACCCAUGGUGUUCUCCCUGUGCAGAGCACUGAAGCCUGGCACUGGGCAACUCUGGGUAUUUCUUCUCUAUCUCUGUGCUGGUGGUCCUGGGUAUCCUUUUUCAGUGAAUUGAUUGAGUCAGCCCUGCCCCUGUCCUUUCUUUUUUGAUUCAGUGGAGUGAAAACUUACAGGCAGUCACCUCCUUUUUUGGCUUGCAGCCAGACUGAAUUAUUUGGAACCAUGACAGUCUUUUUUUCUUUAGAAAUGCAAAAAGAGGAUUAAAAAUUCCUUACAAAGAUCAACUCUGAGGAAUGCUAAGCUGCAAGAAAGACUUUAUUCAGAGUUGUCAAAUAAUAAAUGUACUUGAAAAACCAUCUGCUUAAAUUGAUUAAGUUUUGUACUUCACAAAUAAUGCCCUUUUAAAAACAAUAGAUUUUAGUUUUAAAAAAAUAUGUGUAUACUAAGUAAUCAAACAUUCUUGUUCAAUAAUUUCCUGAUGCAAAUUUCAAGCAGCUAGCUGCUGGUCUUUUCCUGGGGGUAGAUUUCAAAGAAAGAGUGAGAAAAGCAGGCGAUAUUUUCCCUAGUGAGUGAGGCUGGAGGGGAAGGGACAUAUGGAGGGAGAAUGAAGGUGGCUAUAUAGCACUAGGGAAAUAACUGGAAACUGGAAUGUAUUCAGAUAAAAACUAAUUUUGCUGAGGUUAAGUAAUAAUGCGUGGCUUGCAAAGUGGCAAGUUUUCUGUAAGGUGAUGUUUUCCUUGGUCUCUCCACAUAUUACAUACUGGUUUAUGUGGGGAGCAUAUUGUGUGAAAAGGGAGGCUCCUUAGCAUAUCUGUAUGUGUGAGUAUAAAUAAAGAGAAGUAAAGUUUAUGUUUAAACACAAUGUUAGAGAGCCAUUAAUACAUUUCCUGUUUUUGACUCUUAAACAGUAUAAAGAAUAUUUAUGUUGAUAGUCUUUCUCAUUUUCCAUUUGAAUAAUUUGUUGGCAUAGUUAAUUUUUAAAUAUUAAAAUAUC